AUCAAGUCAAAAAUUAGGCCGAAUAGCCCUAGCAGCUGAGGCCUACAAAAAAUGAAAAGAAGAAGAAGAAAUCAAAAAUAUAACCUUACUAUUUUAAUUUUUAAAAUUUUAAACAUGUUUAGUUCUAAGAUUAAAAAGUGCUUUCCUACAUCCAUUAAUCAAAGAUCAACCAAUUUUUUAUGUGCAAUUCGUAAUGCUGCUACUACUACAACACAACAAGAACCGGCAAGAGUAGAAAAAACUAUAAAUGCUGUGCAAUUGCUUGGCAGAGUAGGGGCUGACCCACAAAAAAAGGGCUCGGAGCAACAUCCCAUAGCAGUUUUUUCUUUGGCUACACAUACAAACUACAGAUACGAAUCCGGAGAGUUUAUGCAAAGGACGGAAUGGCACAGAGUAGUCUGUUUCAAGCCCGGCCUCCGAGAAACGAUAUUGAACUACUUAAAGAAGGGUCAACGGGUUCAUGUUACAGGCAAAAUUAGUUAUGGAGAAAUUAAAGGUGAAGAUGGAAAACCUAAGACUACGACGGCUAUUGCUGCUGAUGACGUUAUAUUUUUUAAUUCUCAGCAGUAAAUAUUUUAUAGAUUAGUUUUAGAAACUUUUUGUACCUACUCUCAAUAAACGUUUAAAUUUUCA